AUGACGCGUCACCACGAGCUGGAGGUCGGACUGAACGCGUGCGGCGUGGAGGUGUGCCCGCAUGCGUCGCACCGGCAGCUCUGCGCGGUCGCGUCCUACCUGCACAGACCGGGCGACGAGGACGAACCCCAAUCCAGGGUCGGAGAGCUCUACCUCUACCAACUCCGCCCCGCCGACGACGACGACGCCGCCGCGGAGUCGAGCCCGCGCGACCGCUGGACGUUCGCGCCGUGCGCGACGACGAGGCACACGCGCGCCAUCUUCGAGCUGAAGUGGGCGCCGGCGACGCUCGCGAAAAGCGGCGACACAGCUGGCGUCCCUGCGAUCGCGCAGGCGGACGCCGGGGGCUACGUCUCCGUCUACGAGGUGUCGCCUUCCAACCCCGACGACGACGACGACACAGCUGGCGACGACACAGCUGGCAACACGGGGUCGUCGUCGUUCGACGUCGCGGAGAUGGCGUCGGUGCGCUGCGGCGGGGGCGGGCUUGGCAUGGCGACGUGCGUGGACUGGAGCCCGGCCGACACCGGCGGGAGCGAAUACUUCGGGUCAUGUCGCCUCGCCGUCGUCGGCGCGGACGGCGGCGCGCGCAUCCUCGCGUGGCGCGAGUCCGGCGACCUCGAGGUGGUGGACGAGAGGGAGUGCGCGCACGACCUCGAGGCGUGGGCGGUGGCCUUCGCGCACCCGAGGUCGUCGCUCGGAUCGAACGGGGGGGGCGGGUUCAUCUUCACCGGCGCCGACGACGCGGCUUUCAAGGGCUGGGACCUUCGCGCGGGCCUCGACCGUUCGCCUCCCGCGUUCGUAAACUCCAGGACGCACGGCGCGGGCGUCACGUGCGUCGCGCCGUCGCCGCACGAUCCCCACGUCGUCGCCACCGGGUCCUACGACGACAAAGUCCGGCUGUGGGAUUGCCGAUGUAUUCGCCGGCCGACGGAAACGUGCGACGGCGUAGACUGCGGCGGCGGGACGUGGCGGCUUCGUUGGCACCCCGAGAGGCGAGCGAUGGCGUGCGCGGCGAUGGGCGGCGGCGUGGCGAUCGUCGACUGGUCCGGGCGCGAGUCGCGAUCGAUCGAUGAAAUCGAUGAAGCGAACAAAGCCGAAGCCGAAGCCGGGGGGGUCGAGUCCGAGUCGGGCGGCGUAUGGGAGCCCGGUUCGCUGUCGGUCGCGUUUCGGUACGAAGGCCACGGGUCGAUCGCGUACGGAGCGGACUGGGGGUGGAAGCGCGGGGGGGCGCCCGAGGACGUGGUGGUGUCGUGCAGCUUCUACGACAAGGGGCUGCACGUGUGGAGCCCGCGGUGACGACGGCGAGGCGUUUUUGAUUGAAUUGCGAAUAUAUUUGCACCA